CUCUGCCCCUUGCUUUUGGCUCUCUCUCUCUCUCUUUCUCAUUCUCUCUCGUGCUUUGAUCUCUGCUUAACAACAGUAACGUCACAGGGACUAUACAGGAGAGUUUUGUUGGAAGUUAGAAAGUUUUGCAGCCUCCAGAGGGCUGUAGCGGCAGUAGCAGAAGCAGCAUCCAAGGGACUCCUGGAAGGGGAAGAGAGAGAGCGAGCGAGCGACUGACUCAGUCCUGCUGCAGAGAACUGACUCGAGGCGACGGAGGCAGACAUGGAACAUCAGCUGCUGUGCUGCGAGGUGGAGACCAUCCGACGAGCCUACCUGGAUGCCAACCUCCUCAAUGACAGGGUGCUGCAGACAAUGCUCAAGGCGGAGGAGACCUGCUCGCCCUCCGUCUCCUACUUCAAGUGCGUGCAGAAAGAAAUCUUGCCAUAUAUGAGGAAAAUAGUUGCCACUUGGAUGCUGGAGGUUUGCGAGGAGCAAAAGUGCGAAGAGGAAGUUUUCCCCUUGGCUAUGAAUUACUUGGACAGAUUUUUGUCGUUUGAACCCCUCAAGAAAAGCCGGUUGCAACUGCUCGGAGCUACCUGCAUGUUUGUGGCUUCAAAAAUGAAGGAGACUAUUCCUCUGACCGCAGAAAAACUGUGCAUUUAUACAGAUAACUCCAUUAGACCCGACGAAUUACUGCAAAUGGAGCUGCUGCUGGUGAAUAAGCUGAAAUGGAAUCUGGCCGCAAUGACCCCCCACGAUUUCAUUGAACAUUUCCUCACUAAAAUGCCUCUGGCAGAGGACACCAAGCAGAUCAUCCGUAAACAUGCUCAGACUUUUGUGGCUCUGUGCGCUACAGAUAUUAAAUUUAUUUCAAACCCACCCUCCAUGAUCGCAGCUGGCAGUGUGGUAGCAGCUGUGCAAGGCCUGCAUCUGGGGAACACUAACACUUUCCUCUCCUAUCAAUGCCUCACACAUUUCCUAUCACAAGUUAUCAAAUGUGAUCCGGAUUGUUUACGAGCCUGCCAAGAACAGAUCGAGUCCCUCCUUGAAUCCAGUCUACGUCAGGCACAGCAGCACAACGUAUCUUCAGAAACAAAGACUGUAGAGGACGAAGCAGAUCUUUCCUGCACGCCCACUGAUGUGCGAGAUGUGAACAUUUAAGAGGACUUCUUCUUCUUCUAAUGGAUUUGCUUGGCAAGAAAAGUAGACAAAAAAAAAAAAGAAAGGGCAUCUGAGAAGGAAUCGGCGUCAGGAUCUCCCCCCCAGAAACCCUUUUCUCCAGGACAUUUUUAUACCAGAAGGGAAAACCAGUUCUUGUUAUAUUUUUUUCUCGCUCUGUCUCCCUUCCAUCUGUGACUUCAAACAAACAAAAUAAAACAAAAAGUACCCCAAAAACUGUCUUAAAAAAAAGAAAAAAAUAGUAUUUGCAUUACCCCCAGGGGUUUGUGCUACAAAAAUAGAGGAUUUUAUACAAUAAUAAUCAACUAGUUUUUAUAUUAAAGUGUUCUUGUCUGUAUGUUGUAAAAAUAGGCAUUAACACACAAAAUGUCUCCAGGGGAGGUAUUAGAUUUGAUUUCUUGCAUAUAAAACCAACCAACCAACCAUUUUUAAAGUAGAAGAGGGUUAUUUUUUUUUUUUUUAGAUAGUAAAUGAAAUAUUCUUUUUCUUUAAAAAGCAUAGCUUUAACGCAGUUCUAGGCUUUUCUGUAUCUUGCUUGCUUAUGCAUUUAGUCACUUUAUAAUUCAUCUGUAAAUGUUUAUUUUAUUUCCUUAGGUUUUUUUUUUUAUCCUCUUCACCUUAUAAAUGGUUAACGUAACCCAUAAGUUAGUCUAUGUUAGUAUGCAGCAUUAUUAUAUGUUAAUCUUUUUUUUUUUGUGCCUGUGGAUUGCCUGUGCAUAAGGCAUUUGUAGGGUUCCAGCUGAGCAUUGUUGGGAAAGGCCAAUGUACUACUCACACAGUACCCUAUUAUAAAGAGAAACCGAAAUAGUGACAUAAUAUAUUAUAUUUUUGUAAUCUUCCUAUUUUUGUAGUUACCUGUGUAAAAAUGCUGGUCUGACCCCACAGAUAUUCAGCCUAAUUAUGGUCAGGUUCAAUCCACAGUUCAGUCUUUUUUUUUUUUUUUUUUAUUUUGUUUGUCUGUAAUAUUCUAAAACCAUUCCAUUCAAAGCACUUUCAGUCCAUUAGAUAUAGGAAUUACAUUCUUUUAUUGUGUGGGAAUUUUAUUUUUUUUUUUUUUAAUGGAAUGGUUUGGAAAUAUAUAAAGUGCUUGUUGCAAACUUGGAAUUGCAAAGCAAGUGCAUUUAACUAUGGUGUUAGAGGAGAAGUGAUUUUCUUUUCCGAAGGUUGUGUUCCAGUGAGAGAAAUUGCAUUCACAAAUUGCCAGGAUAUCUUCCUAUCCUUUUCUAUAGAAAAGCUGAAGUUUAGAAUCCUUUGGUGCCAACUCAUCUUUAUAAAUUAGGGGCCUUAAAGGUUCACAUAUAGGACACGUAGUUUUAAGGAUUGUUCGCUAGAUGUUUUACAACUGAAGGUUUUUAAACACUAAAAUAUAUAAUUUAUAGUUAAGGCUAAAAAGAAUAUUUAUUGCAGAGGAUGUUCGUAAGGCCAGUAUGAUUUGUAAAUUAAUGCAAUCGCCCCUUUUGUUUUUAAAAAAAAAAAAAAUGAAAUCUUUCUACCCUUGAUGUUGCAGUUUUAACACGAGCUUAUUAAAGCAAAAAGGACACGCUUCAAAGAACAAACCCAAAACCAAGCAGUGCAUUUGGCCCCUUCCUUUCCAUUUUCAAAAGCAGUCUAACCAUGAAAAAAAAAAAACGCCAUAGUUAAUAGAUAUGAAAAUUGGAGUACUUGAAAGAAGUUUUUAUACCAGUAUAUGCCCCAUUAUUUUUUUUUUUUUAAAUUUAGCUACAAAUAGAAAAUUUGCACAUCUUGGCUAUGUAUCUUUUUAUUAUUAUUUUAGAAAGUAGCUGAAGGGACGUGGACAUAGCUGUUGAAGUUGAUGCUCGAGGAGAAUGUGAUGGUGAACUGUAUGUGAGAAAACUGCCGCUAAGGUGUUGAUUGUAAAAAAAAAAAAAAAAACAACAAAAAAACCCAACAAAACAGCAAAAAAACAAAAAAGGAACAAAAAAAAAAGGAAAAAAGAAAAAAAAUUAAAAGUUUAAAAAAAAAAAGAAAAAGAGAAAAGAAAAGGAGUGGAUGCUCCCUUUUUAUUGAGCUGCUAUGGAUAAAUUCCCAGCAUGGUUUGAAAAAAAAAUUAACAUUGCUUCUCUGUAUCUUUGUCAUUGUGUUUUGCUGCUAUUUUGUGGAUCAGUUUUUCUUUUUUUUGUUAUACAAUGUCAUAUACUGCCAUGUUAUAGGUUUUAAUUUUCUCAUAGAAAAUUAUAUUAUUGACAUCAUUUUUUUUUGUAGAUUUUUUUUUUAUGUGAUCAAUUUUUACUUAAUGUGAUUACUGCUCUAUUCCAAAAAAAAAAAAAAGGUUCCUGUUUCACAAUACCUCAUUACUUCAGUUUUUAACCGUGUCUAGACCAGGUUUUAAUGCUCCUACAGUGCCUCAUAGUUCUACUGCAAACGGAAAUGCAUCGAAUGGGUCUCGCGAUUUGCAACUAGGUUGCAUUAAUUUAAGAAACAGCAGACAUUUCAGAAGAUCAAGUCAUGUCAAGGGUUGUGGUUUUUUUUUUUUGUUUUGUUUUGUUUUUUGUUAUGCAUUUUAUAAAGCUGGAUUCCUUGUCUGAUCUGGGGUUUAUUAUCAUAGUAGUUUUGAGCUGUGUUAUUAGCCACAUUGAUAUAUGAAAGGUGCAUUAUAAUAUAACUCUUGUGUGCCACCUGAUGUGGUUUUCCCCUCGGCUGGGACACAUCAUUUGGUAUGAUAGGUUAUCUUCUGGAACUCUAAGUAUUUUGUGUGUUUAAUCUGUUAUGAUAUACUAGGGAGGUUUUUUUUUUUGUUUGUUUGUUUGUUUCGUUGUUUUUUUUUUUUUAAUUAUAGCAUAAUGCUAAUUUAAAAAGCCUGUAAAUCUCAUAAAUAAGCCAGCUAACAGAGUUGUAUGCUGAAGAAUAAUCUAGCUGUUGCCUGUAUGCUGCUAAACCAAAACAGAAUUAGAACUCAUUUUGAGGCAAAUGCAGUUAAGAUCCUACAUAGUGCAUAAAUAAAGCAUUGCAAUGCUACUAGCAGUCGCAGGACCCAGGAGGACUGGAUACAUUCUGUCCAAAUUUCAGGAACAUUUCUUACUGCUUACCUCAUAAAACACUUCUGUUCGUGGCAUCUCUGUGUCUCUGAACCAAACCUGAUACUGUCGAGUUAGUGCUUGUGGGGUUAUAUUAUGUUGUUACACUGAGUGGCAGUGUGUACUGCAAGUUUCUUUUUAAAAUAUUCUUAUGUACUUAAAAAAGGCCAAAUCCAGAUUAAGUGGGUUCACGUGCCAGCAGAGAUGCUUUAUUUGUCACGUUAUUAUAACAAUCUGUAGUAAGCAAAGCAAUUCAGAUUUGUACUUUUUUUUUUUAUAUUGUACUUAUUGGCAUCACUGGUCUGAAAUGCACAUUUUCACCGACAGACCUGUAACAGACAAGUUUCCAGCAACAAAAAAAAAAAAACUAAAGUCUAGAAAUAAAAUUGGUAAAACCCAA